AUGGACAAGGCUAACAAGGAAUAUCAGGCUCAUUCAAACACUUUUGAAGAACUGAACAGAGCUUUGAGGUUGGAGACCACCACAGGAUGGAGAGCAGAUGUUGAGCAUUGGGAGGAGAACCCCAAUGACCUAUCAGUGCCCAAUCCUUUCAAGAUGAGGGUUCCCACAAUCACACAAUCUGUGGUUCAACUCAAACUAGUUGAGAUGGAAGCACAUCAACUUCAGGAAGGAAAUGAUGUGUCGCUACAUCCAGACAUAUCACCCAGUGUGUUUAUUGCAACUGGAAUAGACCUUGAGAGUGAACAGCAUUGCUUCAAGUUAGAUCUUUCUCUCCAAAGAGCACACCUAACAGAUAGACAGAAGACCAUCCUUGUGUGGCAGCAGAAUACCCUCCAGUGCAAGGUAGACACAUGGAAGCAAGUGCAAUUUCUCUACACUCCAGCAGCACAGUUUUUAUCAUCCUGA